AUGCCGGACAGGUGCGCUGUAUAUGGCUGCUCAAAUCGAGCAAGUUUAGAAAAUAAUGUUUCUGUGCAUCAGAUUCCUUUUCUAAACGAUGACAGAGUUGAGGCGAAGAAGAGAAGGAAGAAAUGGGUUGAUUUUGUGAUGACAACUCGCGACAAGUGGGAACCCACUGUAAAUUCGGCUGUGUGUUCUGAGCAUUUUACUAAAGAUUCUUUUCAGAGAAGAUUUGACUUUUCUCCUGAGGGACUGAAAAAGUAUUGCCCGCGGCUACUUAGGGAUGAAAUCGGAAUUUUAGCUUAUCCCACUCCACAUCUGAAACACAAAACGAAAAAAGAACCUUCGUCACGCGAUAAAAGAAUGGUGAGUAUAAAAUGUAGUACAUAUAUUAUUGUAAAGCUUUGUAUGAUUUUAAGUCUCGGUUGACUUUUUAAUACUUGUUGUAUUUUUUCACAGCAAAAAAGAAAUGUCAUAACCAGCCUCGCCAGUCACUCAGAGCAACCGCAUACAAAGAAGUCGAAAGGUGAAGAGCAUCCCACCGUUUCUUUUGAUGAAAAUGAACAUCUAGACGACUUUUGUGAUGAAAAUUUUCUUGUGGAAGGACCCUCGGUUAGUUUUGUGUUUGUUAGUGUUUGAUUUGAGCAAAGUGUAUUACAUUUGAAUUAAAACAUGUUCUGUUUAUCGCUCACAGACACAGCUCAAAGACGUUGAAGUGCAAUGUUGCCUUGUCGAUAAGUCGACUCGACAUUAUAAAAACAUGUGGGCUACCACAAAAUAUAAACUUCAACGUUGCCGAAAUGAACUCAAGAAAAGUAAAAUUAAACUAGGUAAGACGAAAUUUAUCAUAUGAUUUGUGUUUACAUGUAAUGCAUGAGAAAGAUUAGCCUUUUUGCAAGAGUUGACUGACUUUUCCGAGCCAACUGGCCUCCAUAUAUUUUUAGCCAAUUUGUUAUUUAUUGAAGGCGAGAUGAAUAUUCGAGAAUUGAGGUGUUUGUUUCACCAUUUGUUUGUUUCACCAUUUGUCCGCUGUGCCUGUGGGCCUGUGGCUUUUUUAGAUUGUUUUGGACUGCCGGCUUUUUAUGAUAUUACUGAAAACGCGAAUGCAACUUUUUCCUUGAAAAACGGCUAACGUCAUGUUUUCACGUCAAAGCACAGCGGAAAUACGACUAUAUUCUUUUUUGCCGGAAAUUUCAAACUAUUAUUAGCUGUUAUCAACAUAAUUUCUCAUGAACCAAUCAAAUGUCGAGCGACAUUCUCAUGAUGUCGAUUUCAACACGUUAUAAAUAUUUGUAGUCGCAUUCCUGAAUGUUUUGACGUGAAAAUAAUGACACGUUUUAAAAAGAAAAGUAUCACAAUAUUCGCAGAAUUGGUAAUAUUUCUAUUAUUUUUCAAGCGUUCUCAAUUACAUGGUAGGAUCAAGUGUACGCUAACUGAAACAUUGUACUGUACAGGUUAUAUUGGGUGUGCAAGCGAAUCAAGCGAAUCGAGUUCUGAUGAUGAAGCUAAUGAAUUGCUUGGAUGCGAAAAUGGCUUUGACUCUGAAAAUGACUAUGAAUCCGAGAAUGACUAUGAAUCCGAGAAUGACUAUGAAUCUGAGAAUGACCUGGUGUAUGAGAAUGAAUCCCCGUAUGACACUGAGGAUGAUUCACAGUCACAAUCAAGUACUGAAUUUGAUAUCAAUUCUGACAGUGAGGAACAUUACAAGAGGUAAUAGUUGUUUGGAAGUUAGCUUCAUCCCACCAAAAUUUCUAAUGAACCAUUCAAAAAAGCAUCCAUACCUCCCAGACAGAUGAAAUUGGAAGUUAACCCUUGGAUAUCCUAAUACACAUUACUAUCCCCCCCCCCGGACAGCAGAAAUUUCCUCUGUGGGGAGAGUGUGGAUCUUUUAUGUAAUGUCCCAGUAAUUUCCCAGGUGGGUAAUUUUGCCAGGAUGGGACCUGCCCCUUUCCACUCCUGUGUGACACUACAUCACUGAUCAGUCAGUAAUUGAUCAGUUCGUGUUGAGCUUACCGAAUUGUUUUAUUAUAGGGUGUUUGCAACAGACAACAAUUUAAGAUCAGAGCCAAAGUUCAUUGUGUUUUUUACAAAAUUAUUGGCUCUUUUUAAAUUUUGUCCCAAUUGCAAAGCAGAAAAUCCUGAUGUUGAGGUUCACCAAAAUGGUACUAUGGCCAAAGUUAAAUGCAUCUGUACCAACCCUAAGUGUAACAAUAAGAAUUUCACGUGGACCAGUCAACCCCUUAUUCCUGGAACAAGAUUACGAGCUGGAAAUUUCCUGCUGUCUUUUGCAAUUAUUGUUGCUGGAGCAUCUGCAACCAAAAUCUUAAGAGUCUUACAACACAUGGGAGUAGC